AGCGCAGUACGCGCUCGUCGUCAUUGUCGCUGCUGCUAUUGGCGUCGUCGUCGCCGUCUCCGGUCCCCGUCUGUCUCCGCCGCCGCUGCCGCCGUCGCACCGCGAAGGAUGCGAUGACCGUCAACGCGGAAAUCGGCAAUCUUGUAUCGCCAUAUUGUUCGCGCGCACGUUGUUGGCGUAUCAGUGCUGAUAAUAUCGCGAUACGGCGAGUGUCGAGCGGACUGAGGGAGAACGCGUUGACGAAAGAAACGUUGAAUGCUGAACGAUAUUCCAUGCCGAUUCGAUACGAUAUGAUAAUUUUUAAUUCGUAUUUUUAUUUGACAUUUGUAUGCACUUGAGAUGAUCCUUGAAGAAGCGAGACUAGAUGUACACUAAUUACAAAUGGCACUCGGCGGAGAAACUCGACGAGGAGAUUGGCGAGUCGCGACACGCAAUGUCGUAUCAUCGCGGCGGGCAGACGGGCGCCGUAGCGGUGUCGUACAGCACAAGUCCAAUGCCGCAUUCGCCCAACCGAAGAUACUCGAGCGGCACCGGUAGCGGAAGUACCACCACAUCCGGUAUCGGGACCACCUCCAAGUUCAAUACCUAUCGUUCCGCUGGCACCUCUUCGCUCCUCGAUCGACCCACGACCAGCUUCUACUCGCCGUCACCGACCGGCCUGCAUUCUAGCUACAUCUCCUCCGAGUACAGACGAUCCUAUUGUGCCCCGGGAAGCUUCUAUUCGUCGGCUUCUACCGGCACGAGCAUCCGCAGGAACUAUUCAUCCGAGUACAGUCGGUCCAACUGCUCACCCGCAAGAUCAGUCUCGUCGUCGUCGUAUAGCGAAACGGGUGGCGGCGCUGCGACAAGUACCAGCAGCGUUAAUGGCAGAUACAUCUCCUCAACGUCAAGCGCGAGUUCAUCUUCGAGAGAGCGCAGUAGCGUUGAUGCGGCCGCCGAUAUUAUCAGCAGAUAUUCGCCAGCCAGUUACGUGCCGAAUAUUCAACGUCAACAACAAACGAAUACUGGCAGUGCGCAUCAUUGGAGACACCGUUCGACGUCGUCGUCUCUGAGCGAGUUGUUUGGCGGUGACGAGCGCGAAGUAGAGCGCAGAGAUCUACGUCCAGAGUCUUCGCUUUCCUCGUCAUCCUCCUCCUCGUCCGCCGCCGUUGCCAUCGGUGCGAUUGGUCCAUGGUCGAAAAGCAAUAAGAGAAGACCGAUAUCUACAAACAGCACGGUGCCCACCAUAGCCGCCGGGCAUGCACGCGCGGACAGCGCCGUGUCUCUUGCCGAGGUAACAACCAUUAUCGACGACGAUCACAUUACGCGUAAGUUAAACGACGACGACGACGACAAUACCAAAGACACUAACGACGAUCAGCAUAACAACAACGGCAACAUCAGCACCAACGGGCAGGACAGCAACGACGAGGAUAUCGCGUGCGGAUACGGCAUUAACAACAACGACAACGACGACAACGACAAGGACGAGGACAACGACGACGAUAACAACGACGACGAUAAUCUCAACAAUCAUCACUUCCAUCAACAGCGCUGUCAUCAACCGGACGAGGUCUCGCCCGCUAAGCAUAAUCUCUCUCCCACCACCCCCGUUGGUGGUAGUGGUAGUGGUUUGAUUAGUGAUGUUAGUAGCCUUGACCUGUUAACUAACCACGCGACUAAUAUUCGUAACGAACUGCUGAUCAAUAACAACGCUCAGAACAAGGUGACAGGAGGUGAGGAAGAAGAAGACGAGAUUGGGACGAGCAACAAGGUAACGCGUGGUGCCGACAAUGUUCCGUCGAUCGUUACGUAUCUACAAAAUAAUUGCAUCAACGACCGAGACAUUUCUGAAGAUGGUGAGGAGGAAAGGAACGAUAGCUCGGACGUUAUUGGCGGAGCACCGCCGAUAGACAGCGUAGCCGGUAGAUCAUCUGUUACUCACGGCGACGAUCCAUCCGUUCCUUCGACAUCAAGGAGAACGGAUCAAUCUGGUCUUUUCUCGAAUACCGGCAAUCAGACAUCGUCACCGACAAAUCCAUCCACGGCGCAUCAGAAUCUUUACCGCAGUGUCAACGAGCAAUACGAAGGAAAUCCGACUAAUAGAUCAUCACGUAACCGCCUGCAAAUUUCACGCGAUGAACGAUGUGGUUUAAACGGCUUACGGAAUAUUGGAAAUACAUGUUUCAUGAACAGCGUGAUCCAAUGUUUAAGCAACACAAGACCUCUGUUGGAAUAUUUGCUAAACGAACAAUAUCUGGCCGAUAUAAAUACUACUACGUCCAGCAUGAAAGGCGCUCUGAUCAAAGCGUUCAGCCAAGUGAUCCACGAAUUGUGGGAAGUGGGCGGUGAUCACGUGGUAAACACGACCGCACUCAAGUCUCAAAUACAGAGAUUCGCGCCACGUUUUAUGGGCUACAGUCAACAAGACGCUCAAGAGUUUCUUAGGUACUUGCUGGAGGGCUUGCACGAAGAUGUUAACAGAAUCAUUACAAAGCUACCACCAAUACAUGGAGAUAUACCCGAUAGUUUUACGGAUAUGCAAAAAGCGGUAGAGAGUUGGAAACGUUAUCUUCGCAGCGAAGACAGUAUGAUUGUUGAUGUUUUCGUCGGGCAAUUACGUUCGUCUUUACAUUGCACCUCUUGCGAUCAUGUAUCGGUCACGCUCGACCCGUUCUGGGAUUUAAGUUUGCCAAUACCAGGCAGAAGCGGGACAGUAAAACUGAGUCAAUGCUUGGAACAUUUUACUCGAGAGGAGGUGUUGGAUGGCGAUGAAAAACCAACAUGUUCCAAAUGUCAAAUGAGAAGAAAGUGUACCAAGAGCUUCAGCAUACAGAAAUUUCCGAAAAUUUUGGUUAUUCAUUUGAAACGUUUCUCUCCGAUGGAACGUUUCCGCGGCAAGCUGAACGUGAUGGUGGACUUUCCGUUGACGGGUUUAGAUCUUAGUGCCUUUGCCGCCCCGAGAGUUCCGGGCUGUACAUACAAUCUGUAUGGAGUCGCGAAUCACUCGGGUACGACAUACUCUGGUCAUUAUACCGCGUACUGUAAACAUCCGUACUCGGGAGAAUGGCAUGAGUAUAACGACAGCCGGGUGUCCGUUGUGUCUGCACGAUCAGUCGUUUCCAGUGAAGCCUAUGUACUGUUUUACGAACAACAGCCUCAUAGUUCUCACUUGUAACCUUACGCCAUGCCUAGAGAGUAAACACAACCAUCUUGCCUCUCUUGAUACCUCAACUCAGCCUAGUAAAAACUCUGUCUUCUGACAUGUUGAAAAGCGACUAAACAUUGAAACAUUGAAUGGAGGGCUCGAUCCCUCGUGAAUAACAAAGUUGAUUGCGACCUUGUUGGCGAUAAUCGUGUCUCCUCCUGCGAUAUGCUUCUGGAUAUAACAUGGUACAAUGUCCCUUUAUAUAACAAGAUUACGCGAGAUCGAUAAUUGAAUAUAAUUAAUGAUUAUACAUACUCGAUAUACGCACUUGACAUGGGAAAUUAUUUCCCCAUAUCAAGUUUAAUCUGUAUAAAAUUAUUUAUUUAUUUCUUACGUAAAAAAUGUGUUUUGUGAGAUAAUUUAUAUUGCAAUCGUGUUUGUGAAAUAGGAUGAUAUUUUUAUUUAUUACUUUAAUCGCAUGCAGGAAUAUAAAACGCUGUUUCAAUUUGGAAGAGAAUAAAGAGGUACGAUGAUACAAAGUCGCCAAAGAUUAUACACAUACACACAUACUACGCAUAGUGCUUCGGAUGUCUAGUUACUUUUGAAUAGACGAUAUAUACAUAUAAUACAUCUCCCACUCUUCACUCAACGUCAUAUUGUGGCGCGACAUACGGCUAUUUACUUUUGUAAAAUAUUUUGUUUAAUAUAACCACAAGUCACACAAGAGUUAUUUAUUAUAAUUUAUGGGAAAAGAGAAAAUAAAAUAAUAUAUUCGAUAACUGA